AUGCUGCAGUGCCUGCCCCGGUGCCUGCCCCGGUGCCUGACGCUGCUGCUGCUGCUGGCGGUGGCCGUGGCGGGCGCGGCGGACUGCCCCCAGCACUGCGAGUGCAAGUGGCGCGGCGGCAAGGAGUCCGCCAUCUGCCGCGGGGCCAACUUCAAGGCGCUGCCCAAAGGCCUUGACGGCGGGACGCAACUGCUGGACCUGACGGGCAACGCCAUCGCCAGCCUGGGCAAGGACACGUUCGCGUCGGCGGGGCUGGUGAACCUGCAGAAGGUGUACCUGGCGCGGUGCAGGCUGGCCGCCAUCGACGCCCUGGCCUUCCGCCUGCUCAUCAACCUGGUGGAGCUGGACCUGAGCCACAACGAGCUGAAGACGGUGCCGUCGCACGCCUUCGAGAGCAUCGCCGAGCUGCGGGAGCUUCGCCUCAGCGGCAACCCCAUCCAGCGCGUGCAGACCAACGCCUUCGUCAAGGUGCCGCAGCUGGUGCGUCUGGAGCUGUCCGACUGCAAGAUCGCCUCGGUGGAGGCGCGCGCCUUCCUGGGCCUGGAGAAGAGCCUGGAGUGGCUCAAGCUGGACCACAACCGCCUGAGCACGGUGCGGCCCGAGGCGUUCGCCGACAUGCAGAGCCUGCACGGCCUGGAGCUGGACGGCAACCCCUGGAACUGCACGUGCGCGCUGCGGCCCUUCCGGAACUGGAUGCUGCGCAAGAACGUGCCGUCCAGUGUGCCGGCCGUGUGCGUGGCGCCGGGCCGGCUGCGCGGCCGCGGCUGGGACCGCCUGGACCUGGACGACUUCGCGUGCGGGCCGCGCGUGGAGGCGCUGCUGGCGGCCAAGCACGCGGCCGAGGGCGACAACGUGACGCUGUCGUGCCGCGUGCAGGGCGCGCCCAGCCCCACGGUGCGCUGGCUGUUCCGCAACCGCGCCGUGGCCAACGCCACGCAGGCCUUCGCGCUGCCGCACCGCAAGACGCUGCUGGUGCGCAACGGCACCAACACCAGCAACCUGACGAUCGUGGCGCUGGACGCCCAGGACGCGGGCGUGUACGUGUGCGUGGCGGACAACCGCGCCGGCAAGGUGGACGCCAGCGUGACGCUGUCCGUGAGUCGGCGCGCCGCCCCGCAGGACGCGCCGCUGUCCGGCAAGGUGGUGGCGGCCAGCGUGCUGGUGGCGCUGCUCUUCGUGCUGUCCACCUGCCUGGUGGCGCUCUGCCUCUGGAGCCUGCGCAAGCGCCACUCGCUGUGGGUGGAGCAGGCCCGCGGCGGCGCGCGCAUGUCGCGGCUGCGGCCCGACGACGCCAACCACUACGAGAAGAUCGAGAUGAUGAACCACAAGCCGGCCGCGCCGCCGCAGCCGCGCACCGCCACCAGCAGCGUGAACCACGUCGCCGACAGGAAGGAGGCGGAGGUAGGGGAAGCUGCAAUCAUUUCAGUGCACCGCCGCGGCGGCGCCAAGGGGCGCUACCGGGGCGUGCCGACGCACGACGAGGACGACGACGUGGACGAGGUGGGCUACGACGCCGAGGUGGAGAUGACGCCGACGGCGAGCAACGCGUGGAGUCGCGAAGCUGCGAAGAGCUACGCGGCCCCCCGCGAGGUGGACGCGGUCCCGCGGCUGCCCGCGGACGGCGCCGCGCUGGCGGAGGCCAAGUCCGCGGCCAAGUCGAGGCUGGCGCCGCUGCUGCUGCCGCGGAACGGCCUCGUCCCCGACGGGCCGCGGCACCACGUCAUGAGGAAGAAGGUGCUGGGCGACAGCGGGGGCAGCCUGUACACGUCGCUGCUGGGCGACGACGGCGCCGACGACCGCCCCUUCCCGGACCUGCUGCAGCCGCAGCCCGAGUCGCUGCCGCCCAGCCUCGGUGGCAGCGUCGGCGGCGACCUCGGCGGCGGCCUUGGCGGCGACCUUGGUGGCGGCCUCGGCGGCGGGCUGCGCGCGGGACUGUGGGGCACCCUGCCUCGGCGGCCGCACCGCCACCGCGGCCACGGCAGCAGGCGGGGCUCCGAGUCACCGCUGCUGGCCGACUCGAGGUACGGGUCGUCGGGCGGCAGUUCGAGUUCGGGGCUCGCGGCCUCGGGGCUGUCGGGCCUCGGCGCGGCGUACCCGCUGCUCCACCAGAGGUCGUCGUCGUCGCUCAGCCUGGCGGGGCCCUCGCUGGCGGGGACCUCGCUGGCGGCGGCCUCGCCCCACGGCCCGGCGGCGCACGGCGCGGCGACGCGGCCAUCGCGCCGCAACCCCAGCCUGCCGGGGUCCCCCAGCAGGGACCGGCCCAGCGAGACGCCCAUCCUGGCCGGCCUCAACGGGCCGUCCUCCAAGAGGUACUCGCAGGGCGUGGCAGGCGUGGCGUCGCCAGGCUCGUUCGACAAGUACGACCGCUACGACUACCACACCGCGCAGCUGGAGCGCUUCCUGGACGAGUACCGCACGCUGCACAGCGAGCUGGCCAAGAUGAAGGAGACGUGCGACUCGCUGUCCGGCGCCAACCCCAAGUCCAUCCUCAAGAAGAAGGCUACUUUGGCGGGCGGCGCGCAGUCGGGUGGCGUCCCGCUGGGGCUCAACCCGCUCAGCCCCGACCACCCCUACUGGGUGCCGCGCUCCGGCCUGGCCGGCCUGGCCAGGCGCUACAGCGGCGGCGACUUCUACCCGAGCUGAGAGCAGGCACCUCAGGGCCGGGCCGGCCGGGCCCGAGAGCGAGAGGGCAGCUGGGGGAGCUCGAACGGCGCCUCUUGAGAGGAUAUAAACUGAACAGCGCUCAAUCGAACACCUGCGCGCGCGUUGAUGUUGUGUUGUCAAAGUUUCUGUUGUUGUUUCGUUCUUUUUUUAUUUUUUACUUUUCCUCGCCAGAUGGCGCAUCCUUCCAUGUGCCAACCAAUCAGGUUAAUUACCCACCCCCGGUCUGUGAAAGGUCGACUGUGUGCUGAUGGACCCCCAGCGUGACACAUGAGUGUCGGCGUGUGUGUGUGCGUGAGUCGGUGAGAGAAAGAGAACGCUAGUGUUAGUGUGUGUAACUGUGUGUGUGGACGGCAUAACGUCGACUCUGGCGUCAUGUGCUGGACGUUGAGUUAUCGACUGGAAUGUCCAUUCUACGAUGGACGACUCCACGCUGCGACGGCUGGAACCGAACCGGGGUCCCGCUUUGACGGUCGCUGUGCGACAAGGAAAGAAAAGAGGAGAAAACUGCUCCAUCGAGCUGCCGCUCCCACUCUGUUCGACUUAUCUCUGUGACUGUACAUGACUUGUAAAUAUGUCUGUAGCGCGUCGUCACGCUGUGCUCGUGACCCGACGCGCUAUGUCUCGUUGUAUCAUUGUUACUACUGUCCGUUUGGUUCAAAAUAAAUUAAACGACGGAGGCGUGUUUUCUAUUUA